AUGACGGUCACAGAGAAAGACUCCAAUGUUCAUAUCGAAGACGCUCAACGACAUGACGGACUGGCCAGAGAUCAUGAUCCCGAGGAAGAAAAUAUGACAUUACAAGCCUACCUGGCUCUUGCCGCCAUCGCUUCUCAGUACUGCGCCUAUCUCCUGACUCUACUGAUGCCCUCCACAAUCGUCUCAUACAUCAAUGCAGACCUCGGACCAGAUCCAAAUUACACCUGGAUCAACGUCUCUUGGAACGUAGCCGCAGCCGUGAUGGUAACAGUGGGUGGCCGACUCUCCGACAUUUUCGGACGUCGAUACUUCAUGAUAGCCGGCGCAUGCAUCGCCCUAGUCGGAGCCAUCGUUGGCGCCACCGGGCAGAGUGUCAACCAGAUGAUCGCCAGUGGAGUCCUGUUCGGUACUGGUGGUGGCUUGCAGGAAAUGUGCUUCGCCGCUAUCCAGGAAAUCGUCCCUAACAAGUAUCGGGUCUUUGCCAUCGGGUGCUUCGAGCUCUGCGGCAUGCUGGCCUUCAUCAGUCCGAUCAUUGCUUACACUAUGCUGUCGACAACUGCGAUUCACUGGCGUACUGUGUACUACUUUCUCUUCGCCUUCGAAGCGUGCGGCCUCGUGCUGCUCAUUUGCUUUUACAAGCCGCCGACCUUCCAUACUAAGCACCGAGCCGAUGGUAAGACGCGCAUGGAGCUCUUACGGCAGAUGGAUUUCCUGGGCGUGGCAUUGUUCGCUACAGGAUGUAUCUGCUUCUUGCUCGGCAUCAAUUGGGGUGGCCGCCAAUACGCUUGGUCCAGCGCACCCGUCAUCUCGACGAUCGUGAUCGGAGCCGUUCUGCUCACUGCGCUGGGCUUAUGGGAAGCCUAUGGUAAUCUCUCAUACCCCAUGCUACCUGGAAAGCUGUUCCGGAACGUACGCGGCUUCACUAUGAUCCUGGUUGUCUGUUUCGUCGGAGGGAUGCUAUAUUACAGCAUGAAUGUCCUCUGGCCUCGUCAAUCCGGUCUCUUGUUCGUACCAGCUGGCAAGCCCAUCAUUGCCGGCGUGUAUGCGAAUAUGGUCUCCUUUGGUACCAUUCUUGCUGGGCUCGUAGUGGUCUUUUUCUGUCAGAAAGUUGGUUACGAGCGUUGGCAACAAGUUGGGUUCAUGUGUGUUCAAACUGCCCUUAUCGGCUCCCUCGCCAGCAUUGGCUUGAAUGAUAAGAUACAAGCUAUUGUCACGAUCAUCAUCCUGGCGACCACGAUCACGCCUCCACAGCUGCUGGCCUUUGUCAUGAUCUCUAUGCACAUUGAUGAUCAAGUGGACAUUGGUGUCGCAAACGGCCUAGCCAGUACCUUCCGCCUCAUGGGCGGUGCCGUCGCAACCGCCAUCUACAGCGCCAUCCUUAGCAAUCGCUUCGCCGAGGAGCUGCCCAAACAAAUGGCGCCUAUUAUCUCAAACGCUGAUCUUGCACCGUCUAGCGCCGCGAGCCUACUCAAAGCCGCCGCUGCCAAUACCGCUGCGAGCUGGAAAGCCGCUUUGAAAAUCCCUGGCGUAACGGCCACGACCGUCGGGAAUGCGCAAAGGAUUGUCAAGUUGUCUUAUGUUCAGGCUUUUAGGACGGUAUAUCUCGUUGCUAUUGCUUUUGGAGCGGUGGCAAUCGUCUGUGCGGCAUUUACAAAGAGUAUUCCGAGGGAGAGGAAGACGAUGCAGAGGGCUGUCAAGAUGGAGAAUGAGAAGAGUACGAUGCAUGGGAAGGAUCUACCUGAUGAAGUCUAA